AUGGCUGAUGCCAUAACUCAAACAAUACAGAAUCAUUUUGAGUUCUCCAAAGACAGUGGUACAGGUGCAGAGUCUAUGGAACAGGUAUUCAGUCAACUCAACAAUACAAACAAUCAUCAUCACCACCAGCAUCACCAUCAUCAACAUCAUCACCAUCAACAGCAGCAGCAGAAUGGAAUAACCGAGACUAGUGAUGAUAGUUCUUCAACUUGUUCAACUUCAUCAUAUACUUCAUCAAAUACAGGUGGUGGCGGUGGAUACUUGAAUGGUACAACUACCUCAGCCAACACACUUACUAAUAUUGUACCGACUGUUAUUAAUCUACCUAGUCCAACUUCAUCUUCACCAUUACAAUCAAAAGCUAAUAAUAAUCAACAACAAACACAACAGCAGCAGCAGCAGCAACAACAACCAUCUUCAGCAACUGCAGUAGCGGCAUCAACUGCAGCCAAUACACUUACACUCAUUCCAACACCGAAACCAUAUCCACUGCAUGAAGCUGCAUUCAAAGGUGAAUACGACAAGAUCGUAUCACUCUUGCUGUUUACACAGGGUAAGAAAGUGGGUAGUCCGAAUCACCAGCACUCCAGUAGUGCUAAUCACAGACAAGACGGUCCAAUCGAUACGAGUAAGAUGGAUUUUACAGGUUGCCUAUUCGGAUGUGCAGGAUAUCGAUGGAUGCACUCCACUGCACAACGCUGCGUUCAACGGUUACAAGUCGGUGAUGGCCAUGCUUCUCGACGCAGGUUCCGAUCCAAACACUCGCGACAUCGAUCAGAACACUGCACUCCACAAGACAGCAUACAGCGGAUUCCACAAGUGCGCAGAGCUGCUCAUUCAGAGUGGCGCCGACAUCGAGGCGCGAGAUGCAUACGGUAUUACACCGCUGCUGAAAUCGGCGUCCAACAAGCACUACAAGUGUUUGUUGCUGUUGAUUGA